AUGUUCCGAUAUUGUUUGACCAUCUUGGCCACCAUCAGUCAAGUGAUUGUCUCUGCUGAACAAACCUACACAAUUCCAAUUAGUCCACUGCGUCAAACGGUUGAGCAACGUGUGACGAAAGCGGAUGAUGAUCUGGUUAUUAUGAAUGUUCCUGCUAAUCUCGAUCGUCAGCAUGCAGUCUUUUAUCACGACUAUAGAGAUGGACUCGAGCUGGUCAAAUAUGUGGAUUUGAAACCGUAUCAGCUCUCAAAAAUGGACCCUCAAAGACUUCAAAAGCGUGCAGCGAUACUUUCUCCAAUUAUGAAUAAAACACUAUUUAAUACGACUGAAAUGCAGGUGGAACGACUGAUCCGUCUGGAAAACGACCUCGUCGAUAACACAAUAUUUCUACGAAAAGAACUACAAGAAGCUUGCACAGGAAUGCCAAUUUAUUGGACACAAGUGAUAACUGAAAAUGAUUUUCAAAAAAGAGUAAGACGCUUUUUUUUUCUGAUUAGAGCGGGUUUAAUUAAAUGGAAGGUAGAACCAGAGU